UAUACUGGUUGGUAUUUAAUGUGAAUUGUUCUGAUAUAUUCACAUACAUACAAUAAAUGUACCCAGUACUUUAUGUAAAUCCGACCAUCUAUAUAAAAAGAUUUGUCAUACCUUUAUUGAUAACGAUAAUCAUUUUAAAAUUGAGAAAUAUUAUUUUGUACUAAUGUGCAGUGAAGUUAAAUGGCUUUUCUCUGUCCCAGUCGAUUAGGAAAUACAAAUAGAGCAAAGCGAAAUAGAGGGAAAGAACCGACACACAGAGGACGAAUAACUGGAAGUGAUAGUGUGGACACAAUAGAACAAGUUGGAUUAGAUCGGUCAGAUCAUAUGUUUACACGUUCAACGGUCGACAUCAUACAAGAUUUCAGUCCAAAGGCACCAGGUGAGGUUCAGGUUACAAAAGGCGAGACUGGUCGACUCAUACACACUGCCAAAGACUGGUUGUAUAUUGAGAAAACUAACGGUCAAACAGGUUAUGUUCCACUAUCGGUAUGCCGUACGGUGAAAGAUAUAGAUUCUAAUACAGACAUUUCUUGUGCGAAUUCUGUUCGCAGCAGUCGUUUAUCGGAGUACAGUGCAGACCUGUCGGAAGAUAACACUGAUAUUGAGUCAGUGUUAAGCAGAAACAUGUCGCCGUUAUUCCAACCCAAACCACAAGAGAAUUCAAGUAGUGGUAUAUUGGAUGAAAUGGAUGUUAAACCUUUUUAUAAGACCUCACACGGACAAUAUAUAGUGCUCUUUGAUUUUCUCGGACUUAACGAAAACGACGUAAGCGUUGAACGAUCAGAGCUAGUUGACGUUUUAAAUAUAGAAGAGCCUGACUGGUCCUGGGUUAGGAAGUAUGAUGGGCUGGAAGGAUUUGUACCAAAGACAUAUAUUUGUCCAGUAGAGCCUCUCCGUAAACUAGUUCGAAAUGGUGGAUUAAAUAAAAAGUCAGGGUCAAACACUACAACCAGCCAAGGUUCAACAUACAUCCAAAGAAGUGGUCAGCCUAGGUGUCAGAAUCAAGUGUCCAUACAAAAUACAUCAACGGAAGGUUUUAUGUCUUCAGCAGUUAGUCUACAAUCAACGGAAGGUUUUAUGUCUUCAGCAGUUAGUCUACAAUCAGAUAGCCUACCAAAACACGACUCAGCAAAAUAUGGACACAAAAAUGUAAAGAAAAAAUUAUCCGACAAAACUGACACUCCUCCAUACACACCAGACAGUCAUACUGCAUUAACAUCCACAAACAUUUCUGUACAGCCGAAACAACCCGACAAAGAACCACCACCAUAUUCAAGUCUUCACCUGAAAACACAAAAUGAGUCACUCUUUGAUCCAGUAUUUCUUGAGGAUCACAACCAACAUGACUUUUCAGAUCAGUCUCUGACCGAUGUGACAGAAAUUGCUUCCUCAGACUUACACAACAGUAGUCACUUUCCUCCACAACCUCUAGCAACAAUCUUAUCAGACAAUUCAAGGUCCUCAACUUAUUUCGACAGACACAUAGCUGAUUCGUUAGAACAUUCAAACACUUAUGCCAUAAAUGACAUUAACGGAACCAAACCGCUCCGGCAAUCUCAGAUAAACGAAACCACGAAGGAAUCUUACCAGAACCCGUGCUCAGUGAAUGAUUCAAAGCAGUUUAUAUUAAAUGAUGUUUUAGAAUCUAACUAUGGCCAGUAUACAGACGUCAGUUCAUCUAGCAUUGCAAACGAAUUCUCGGUUAAACUAAAACAUGACGGAGAUGUAUCCGACUCGUUUAAAAACGUUACUGAAGAACUUGCCAUGAUAUUAAAAAGGAGACAACAGAUAACUGAUGGCUCCAUUUCUGAUUCUUCACGAGGAACAACACAUUCAAGGGUCUCUGCGAGAUCUUCUGUUAAAUCUGAAAGCAUUAAGACAACACGGUAUAGUUCUAAUGUUAACAUAGGUGGGCAGCAAAGUAGCUAUAUGGUUGAGUAUGUCAUGAAGUAUGAAUAUAAAGGACAGCCACAUGGGCAGCAAAAUAUCUAUGUUCAAAAAGGGGAGGCAAUUUAUGCUGAUUUAAAUUCUCAAAAUAGUUCAGAAUGGAUUUGGGUACAUAUACCCCGAACUGAUCAGUAUGGAUACAUUCCAACAUCGUAUGCAGAAAAACAAACAACUGUUGUUUUGUAAAUAGUUGGCAGUCAUUUCAUGUUUUAAUAUGAUAGUUGAGAUUAAGUAUUUUUAAUUUUAUUCCAGAAUUUAGAAUUCUAUUGAAUGAUUUAGACACUUUGCAAGUAGAAAGAACAAUUCUUUAUUCAAAAAGAGGCGGUCCGAUUUCCUCUUAUGUUGUUUCUUUUAUGGCUAAAGGAAGAUCCAAGUAGAGUGGGGUUAUCGAGUUAAUGUGAUCAUCACCCCCUUCUUAGUUUGGCGAAAAUUAUGCACCAUAUCUCAGAGGUGGUUUAGGGGGGGGGGGGGCAUUAU